AUGAUCGAAAAGUCGAUCCCUGAUCCUAGAUUGCAAUACGAUUUUAUGCAUGGUAAGAACGUGGUGUGUCAUCAAACUGUCACUGAUAUCCAAAAUGCACUUUCUGAUGAUAUACCUCGAUAUUGGUCUCCUUAUACUGUAUAUGGUUUUUUCGCACAAACCCUGCCUGAAACAUUAAAAUAUCGUGAUCCCCAACCUCUUCUCAAGGGUAGUGGCUGGAAACGUGACAAAACAACAAUACCGCAAUACUUCUUUCUAGCAGGAGCUGGAGAAGGAAAAUCUCGCACUGCACAAGAAUUGCCGAAAUUGCUAAUAGAAUGUACAAAUGAUGUUGACUUAGAGAAUCGACUUAGGUCUGCUCUUGUAUUUAAUCUAUCAUUUGAAAAUGGGACCAAAUUACUUUGGAGUGACGAAAAAAGUGCCUCUAAUGCAAUUGGCAAUCGAAUGCUCUUUCAGUUAUUACAACAGCCUGGUGAAUGUUGGGAUACCUAUGUGAAUCAAUAUUAUGUAACUCCAGCAGGGGUAUUGAGUAGAGUUGCUAAACAUCGUAAUCAAGAAUACAAUGAUCUGAACGUAAUUAUUAUUCUGGAUGGGCUACAGGCGGCAAUUAAAGAAGAUAUGAAUGGAACGGACAAAAAUUAUUUUUUUACGAUUGUAUCUCUGCACUUGUUUCCAUGCCAGUUCACAACAAUUGAGAGUUUUUCUCCCAGUGACAUCAUUACAACCUCCGAGAAUAAACGCAACCCAGUCUUUGUCGAUAAUCCAGUUAUGAAGAUGCUCAUAAACGAUAUGGGCGGUCAUGGGCGUGCGUUGGAGGCUUUAGUAGAUUCUAUUAGAGGAAUAGAUUUGGACAAUAUUAAUUUUAUUGAUCUAAUAAAUAAU